AUUCACAUCAACGAUUAUGUUACAAGAACUAUUUCGUUACAAGAAAUAAAAGUUUAAAUUGAAAUUGGAAGUGGUAUCAUUCACAUUCCUGCACAGCUCUACGUCGGACGCCACAUUUUUCAGGAUUUUUCUAUCAAUUUCCCGCCUAAAACACAACAAGGAUUUUCAAUAUGUCAGAAACUCCAAAGCUCGACACCCUCCCGGAAUUUGCCAAGGAGUACUGCCACGAGGUCGAUGGCUGGAUCAUGCCCAAGUUCACGCCUAAACGAUUCCUGGAUGACCUCAAGAACUUUGAGGUGAAAGGUGACGACACAUACCUCAUCACGUGGCCAAAAUCAGGAACCACUUGGAUGCAGAACAUUCUCACACUGAUCUUCGCUAAAGGAGACAUGGAUGCCGUCAGGGAGAAACACCUCUUCAAAAGGGUUCCUUUCCUCGAGAUGCCGAAGGGAUUUGACUAUAAAACGGCUGAAGAUGACACGGGCUUGUACGAAAUUGCCAGGAAUGUGCCCUCUCCCCGCCUGCUAAAGACCCAGCUACCGCCCCCCUUCCUUCCUACACAGAUCCAUGAAAAGAAACCAAAAAUCGUAUACGUAGCGAGGAAUCCCAAAGAUGCAGCCGUAUCAUACUUCCAUUUCUGUAACGUAUCGCCCAACCUGCCCCAAUACAGAGACUGGAAUGAUUUCUUCAUUGAUUUCUGCAACGAUUCCAUUCCCCGUGGAUCCUGGUUUGAAAACGUACUCUACUGGUGGAAUAAGAGGCAUGAAUCCAACGUCCUUUUCAUCACAUAUGAAGAAAUGAAACAAGAUCUUCGAGGCUCCGUCGUUCGAGUUUGUGAUUUCCUUGGCAAAGAGCUUUCGGAUGACAUCAUCGACGUUAUCACCGAGAACUCGACCUUCAACGCCAUGAAGAAAGACCCGACGGCCAAUCCUGACUCGCUGUUGGUCUUCAAAGAAGCGGCGAAACAGAAGAGAUCUUUCCUAAGAAAAGGAGAGGUUGGCGACUGGAAAAAUCAUUUUACCGUAGCCCAGAAUAUAAUCUUUGAUGACUUAUAUCGUGGAAAAACCAAUGGCUCUGGCAUGAAUUUUACCUUUGAACUUUAGCCUCCAUCACCAGUUUCCCCGAUGAAAAGUUAGCGAUUGUCGAUUCAACAGUCAUCAGUCCAUUUCAGAAGAGAGCUUCAGUUGGAACAACUGCAGAAUACCCUACCACUCGAAUAUCCAUAACAUUAUUUCCGACCUUUACCACGAUCCCGGGGCCUGACUCUCGCCCUAAUCCUAAUCCUAAUCCAACUCAAUCCUAAUCCAACCCAAUCCUAACCUACAUACUAUCCUAACACUAACCCUGUUCCUAACGCUAACCCUAACCUUAAUCCUGGCCAGAAAACUUCUCAGUGAGCGGAGUAUGUGUGGAUUAUCCAUUAAAUCUAGUAACUGGGAAACAUAUACAAAUGUGACUAUUAUUUUAUUCCUCUUUUUAGCACUAUCAUUUUAAUGGUGCAUGGUGGAGAUGGUUUAUGUAUUUCUAUCCAUAUACUGUAUGUGAAUUUUGUUGCACAUUUACUUUUUGUAUGUACAUUUUUUCAAUAUCACUUCAUUAACAAUCAUGAUUACUAGCAAAGUGAGUAAUAGUAUAAAACAGUUGUGUAGGUAUACUAGGUACUACAAACCAAAGCAAAAUAGGUAGAAAAGAAGAAGAAAAAAAAACAGGUCAUGUUUUAUUAUCAACAAUGCAGGGCCAAUACUUCAUAAUUAUUCAUGUGAUACACAAUGUACACAUAUAUCAACGGACUCGAGCAGCAUGAAGUGGCCCGGUAUAAAUAUAAUGGGAUCGAGGGAUCAAUGGUUAUUAUUGACGUAAUUAAACUGGUACCACUUCCGAUAAAACAAUAGGGAAGGGUUGUAAAAGAUAAUGAGGGUAUCCCUCCUUUGGAAAGGAAUAUGUUGUUUUCUUUGUUUACAUAAUCAUGGAAGAUUGAGGGCAUAUGGACCAUGGAAGUGGGAUGGGGGAAUCCCUCCUGAGCAGGGGUGGCGACCUAGGGGGACCGGGGGCGACACGCCCCCUUUUUUUUGGAGGGGGGGGGGGCAUCCCCCGGAAAAUUUGAAAACGUGUACAAAAAAAUGUAUUGCAAAUACUGACUAAAUACUGCAACACCAUAUUAGGCUUUGGAGGGCCUAAGAGUGCAGCGUUUAGACUAAUAAAAAUGCAAAAGUCUUAAUUCUCGCUCGGUCGCAUAAAAAACCUUCAAAAUGUACAAGUAAAUAUUGUGGAAAAUCUGUAUUCGUUGGUAUUAAGAUAAGCACAGCUUACACUAUGCUCCCUCGUCCCUCGAAUUUCGUCCACCCCCCUCUGGUCAUGAAAAGAAAUCGCCGCCCCUGCACAUGAGGAAGGGAUGAUGUUCCUUUUCUUCACACGAUUCAUGGAUAAACAUAUUUUGAUCCCACAAUUUUGUAUUGGUUUUUCUAUCUGUGGUAAUGUUUUACUAUAUAUUUUAUUAUAGCUAUGCUUAUUGGUCGUUUUGUAUGUUCUUAGCGUCAUGUUUUAUCGAAUUUUGGAAAUAAUAAAUUGAACUGAAUUAAA